CUCUCCUCAGCUACAAAUACUCUUGCCGUUUCUUUUCUCGCAACUACUCGAAAACCCUAAUUCUCCUUGCCUUUGCCCUAUCUCCUUCCUCCGAGAUGGCGAGAACGAAGCAAACCGCGCGUAAGUCGACUGGCGGCAAGGCUCCAAGGAAGCAGCUGGCCACCAAGGCGGCCCGCAAGUCUGCCCCGGCGACUGGCGGCGUCAAGAAGCCACAUCGAUUCCGUCCCGGAACUGUUGCGCUGAGGGAGAUCAGGAAGUACCAGAAGAGCACGGAGCUUCUCAUUCGCAAGCUUCCGUUUCAGCGGUUGGUGCGCGAGAUCGCCCAGGACUUCAAGACUGAUCUACGCUUCCAAAGCUCCGCUGUCGCUGCGCUGCAGGAGGCCGCAGAGUCGUACCUGGUGGGUCUUUUUGAAGACACUAAUCUCUGUGCCAUUCAUGCCAAGAGGGUCACUAUCAUGCCUAAGGAUAUUCAGCUCGCUCGCCGCAUUCGUGGUGAGAGGGCUUAGGUGUUCGUAGAGUUUCGUAUGGAAGAUUAUGAGUUUUUUUUUUUAGGGCUUUGAUUUACAGUGUUUUCAGAUGCCUAAUAUUUGUCUUUCUUCACCUUGUGGAAAUGUGAGAUUAAAGAAAAUUAAUGGUGCAAAGUUAUCUGGUCUAAUGUUU